AUGCCUGACCCUUCCCUGAAUUCGCACAAGCAACCAAGCACUGAUCGGAACUCAGGUUCUGAUUCGAGUCAAGCCGCUGGCUCCCUGUCUCAAGCUCAUUUGCAGGCUACACCUCUGCACCGGGAUCUUCUACUUCGACGCCAGCAUCCGGUGGACCAGGAACUCACGGGAACGCCUGAGGACCACUGGGAGAUCCUUGCAGAUCGGUUGCGAAAUCAGCCAUUCGCUCGGAUCCCGGGGGCAUCUCCUCUGGUCAAAUCGCAAUCGUCUGUGCAUCAAAGCCUUUCUACCAUCGUUGAGUCGCGAUGCGUCGAUCAGCCGCCCUCCGAGCAUCACAUCGCACCUGACAUGCUCACAGGCGAAGAGGCAAUAUUCUCUGUAGAAUCAUGGACUCCCGACCAAUCGAGUAAAUCAAGCUCGAGCAUUUUGACCGCUCAGCAUGGCAGUUUCGAUCCGGAGGAGACUACCCAUCGUUACUUGCAGAACCUGAGAGACGCCAUAGAUUCGUUGGAUUCAGAAGGUCUCGCGUGGAGACAUGAGGGUGCUGCGGAAAAGACGACUCUAUCGGAGCUUGUUGAUCUCCUCUCAGACACCAAGGAUGCCUUCACCGUUGCAGGUUCGAAUCAAAGCAGGAAUCCUAAACAAGAAAAGAUCCUCUUUCUCGGUGAAAUGGGUCAGGGCGUGGUCAAGAAGUUGAAGUUUCUCCGUGGAUCGUAA